AACUAUGCGCAAAAGAAAUGUGCGCAAAAGAAAUGUGCGUAAAAGAAAUGUGCGCAAAAGAAAUGUGCGCAAAAGAACUGUGCGCAAAAGAACUGUGUGCAAACGAACUGUGUGUAAAUGAACUGUAACAAACGUUUAUUUACCAAAUAAAGUUAAUAAUAAAUGUCAAAAAAUUUCAAAAUUAUACAUGCAUACAUGCGUGUGUAUGUAUUCCAAAUUAUACAAAAAUAUGUGUUGUGUCCAAAAACAACGUGUCCAAUUGAACGGUGCGCAAAUGAAAUGUGUCCAAUCGAACAGUGCGCAACUUUGUGUCUAAUAUCACAGUGUGCAAUUGCAACGUGUCCAAUUGUACUGUGCGCAAGUGAAGGCUUCUCUACUUAUAGUACCUUUAUGGCCUACCCAGCUCUGGUACCCUCUUUUUACAUCGUUUCUUACUGAACCUAUUAUCACAUUCAAUCCAAGUGAUUCCUUAUUAAUAUCUUCUUAUAGAGACAAGAUCCAUCCAUUAGCCCUCCACCUUUCAUUGAUGGCAGGCAAAUUAUCAGGACAGCAUUCUUGAGGAAAGGAAUCAGUGAAGAUUCUGUGGAUGUGAUGAUCGAUUCCAUUACAAAGUCGACUCUUAAACAAUACGAGUGUAACUUGAAAUGUUGGUGGGAUUAUGCACAUACUAAAAGAUUGGAUAUUUUCAACUCAAAUACUUCGGACAUUAUUGAGUUUCUUAAUAGCAGAUAUAAAAAAGGUGCAAAGUAUAGUACGUUAAAUACUGCUCGAGCGACUAUUUCUUUAAUUUCAGUAUACGAUAUAAACAAUGAUGGUUUGAUCUCACGGUUCCUAAAAGGUGUGUUUAAACAAAAACCAACUAAGCCUAAGUACAACACAACUUGGGAUAUUACACCGGUUCUAAAUUACAUUGAAAAACUUCAUCCUCUUAAACAUUUGAAAUUAAAAGACGCCGCUGAAAAAGUAGUCACAUUCUUAGCGUUAACAACAGCUCAAAGACUACAAACUUUAGCGUUGAUAAACAUUGAAAAUAUUUCGAUAUCCAAUUCCGGUAUAAGUAUAAAGAUUACGGAACAGAUCAAAACAUCUAAGCCAGGCUGGAUUAAGACACUUCUGGGCAAGACUGGCAUCGAUAUUAAACAGUUUACAGCAUACAGUACUAGACAUGCGGCAGUAUCCACUGCUCAUAAAAGAGGAGUGGAUAUUGACACUAUUAGACGAAGUGCUGGAUGGGCCCCUGGAUCUCAAACUUUUUUUCAAAUUUUAUAAUAGACCCAUUCAAGCAC